AUGACACCAGCACCAGAGUUCAUACCUGAGCCUCAAAAUUUUGCACCUAGUCCGGAUUUUAAGUGGCUUUGUGAAGAGUUAUUUGUGAGAAUAGAUAAUGUUCGAAUUAAUGGGACUGCAGGAACUGGUAAAUCGGCAUCUUUCAAAUACUACGAAAUAAUAUCGAAUUUUGUCGAGUCGUGGAGAAAAGGGGUAGGAAACAAUAUAUACCCAGCGUUAGUCCUUGCUCUCCCCUACCGUGACAGACGGAUUUAUAACAUUAAGGACUAUAUAUUAAUAAGAACUAUAUGCUCUUACUUGAAGUUACCAAGGAAUUCGGUGACAGAACAACGAUUGAAAAGCUGGAAACAGCGCGUAAGUAGGGCUAGAAAUCUCUCCUCUCUUCUUGUGGAAGAAAUAGCCAAAAGGAGGCCUGAACCAAAUGGAAAAUCCAUUACAAUUGAUGGUGUCAAUGAUUAUCUAGAUGAAUUAAGCAAAGAAAGGAGCAUCUCUGGACGGGGAUUUAAGGACCUUGUAAAUUCAAAGCCUUUCUUGAGCUGUCUGGAAAGUAUGAGCUUUGUUGAGUUGAAAUAUUUUUUUGAUAUCGUGCUUAAAAAUAGAGUAAUUGGGGGACAAGAGCACAGAUUCUUAAAUUGUUGGCAUCCUGACGCUCAAGACUACCUCAGUGUUGUAUCAGAUCUAAAGGUGGUAACUUCAAAACUUUACGAUCCAAGAGUCCGUCUAAAGAAUGAUGAUUUAAGUAUAAAGGUUGGCUUUGCAUUCGCACCACAGUUGGCCAAGAAGGUAAGUCUUCCAUAUGAAAAGAUAUGCCGUGCAUUACAUAACGAUUUUUUGAUUGAAGAAAAAAUGGACGGUGAACGAAUUCAAGUUCAUUAUAUGAACUAUGGUAAAUCCAUAAAAUUCUUUAGUAGGCGAGGAAUUGACUACACCUAUCUGUACGGAGCAAGUCUAUCAUCGGGAACUAUAUCACAGUAUUUAAAGCUCACAAAUACUGUUAAGGAAUGCGUUUUGGAUGGUGAAAUGGUUACAUUUGAUUCAACGAGAAAAGUAAUUCUUCCAUUCGGCCUUGUGAAAGGAAGUGCAAAAGGAGUGCUGUCUUGUAGUGACAUAAACAACAGUGAUUUCCGCCCUCUUUAUAUGGUGUUUGAUCUGUUAUACCUCAACGAGAUCUCAUUGGCUCCGCUACCCCUUCAUCAAAGGAAGAAGUACCUGAGCAGCAUUUUAACACCCUUUAAAAAUGUUGUAGAGAUAGUACAGUCUACUAGAUGUUAUGAUGUCCAAUCGGUAAAAAAUUCUCUGGAAGUUGCCAUUUCACUAGGUUCGGAAGGUGUUGUUUUGAAGUAUUAUAAUUCUAGUUAUAAUAUAGCCAGUCGAAAUUACAACUGGAUUAAGGUGAAACCUGAAUAUUUAGAGGAGUUUGGGGAAAAUCUAGACCUAAUAAUAAUCGGCAGGGACUCUGGAAAGAAGGAUUCGUUUAUGCUAGGAUUACUCGUGAUAGAUGAACGAGAAAUGGAAGAAAGGGAUCAAGAGCUCUCUAGUUCCGAAGUCGUAAACGAUUCAAAAAUAGAACAAGAUGUGAUAAAUUCAAAGAAGAAAGUGAAAAAAGUUCUUUCAUUUUGUUCUGUUGCUAACGGAAUAUCUCAUGAGGAAUUUAAAGAAAUCAAUCGCAGAACCAGAGGGCAUUGGAAAAGAACGUCCGAUUUUUCUCCUCCUUCUAUUUUACAGUUUGGCUCAAGAAUACCUGCCGAAUGGAUUGAGCCUAGCGAUUCUAUUGUUUUAGAAAUCAAGUCGCGGUCUUUAGAUAACACUGAAACAAGUAUACGGAGAUACGCUACCAGCUGCACUUUGUACGGAGGUUAUUGUAGAAGAAUACGGUACGACAAAGACUGGACAGAUUGUUAUACACUCGCUCAGUUGUAUGAGGAUAGGCCGAUUAAAUCUAAGCCUAACCAGCAAGAUGAGAACUUUCAACUUCAACUGGCACACAAAAAGAGAAAGAGAGCACUAAUUUCAGAUCCUUUUCAUCAAAUCAGGGAACAAAAGCUAAUUUCAAGCAUUUUUGCCGGAUUAUUUUUUUAUGUUCUCUCUGAUUACGUUACUAAGGAUACGGGAGUGCGGAUUACGCGGGCAGGACUUGAGGAUGCUAUAGUAAAACAUGGUGGCAAGCUGAUACAUAAUGUGAUUUUGAAACGCCACUGUAUUGGAGACGUUCGUCUUAUCAGUUGUAAAACUACCAUAGAAUGUAGAAUUUUGAUUGAUCGAGGGUAUGAUAUAGUGCAUCCAAGUUGGGUAAUGGAUUGUAUAGCAUACAAGCAGCUCAUUUUUAUCGAACCGAGUUAUUGCUUUAGUGUUUCCCACAAAUUGAGAGAAGUUGCAGAAAAAAGGGUAGAUUGCUUGGGCGAUAGUUUUGAAAAUAAUAUUUCGGAAAGGAAACUGUCAUUACUGUUCAAAUCACGGCAAGACCUAUCAUCAAUAGGGGAGAUUGGGAUAGAUUCCGAAGCCCAGGUAAUUCCGUUAUUUUUGUUUUCCAAUAGAAUAGUGUACAUCCCGCGCACCAAGACUGGACUGAGAGAGGAGAAGCUCUUGGAAAUGAAGAUUAGGUUAUUCGGCGGUGAAAUAACGGGUCAACAGUCUCUUUGUAACCUGAUUAUUAUACCAUAUGUAGAUUCUUCUCGAAGGAAAGAUUGUAUAGAGAAGGUAAAUGAACAAAUAAAAGAGCAGAUGAAGGCUUCUCAUACAGUACCCAAAGUGGCAAGAAUUGUUUCCCCUGGAUGGGUGGAUCAUUCGAUAAAUGAAAACUGUCAAGUUCCCGAAGAAGAUUUUCCAGUGGUCAACUGCGGAUAG